UCCCUCGACGGCUCUCUUGGCGCAGUCAGGCCGAGAGGGAGGAAGCGAGCGACGGCACCAGGGCGAGGACCGUCGAGAGUCGCUGCCUCGCCGUGCGCUCCCCAGUCCUUUCCUCCUUCCGUGCUCCCAGGGGGCGGCUCCCUCCGGCCGGCCUCCUUAAGCACCCGCCCCACCGCGGCCUCCUAACUAGCCAGCCAGCCAGGCGGUGCUGCUCUUUUGCUCCAGGUGACCGUCCUGCCCGCGGCGCAUGGACUUCGACGGGCAGCUGCUGCGGCAGGUGGGCGGCUUCGGGCGGCGCGCCCGGCUCCUGGCUGCCGCCUCGUGGCUGCCCAACGUGCCGCUGGCGCUCGGCCUGGCUGCGGGGCUCCUGCUGGCCGCCACCCCGCAGCACCGCUGCCGCCCGGACCCGGCGCUGCUGCCGCCCGAACUGCGCAACGCCAGCGGGCCCGAGCUGCGCAACGCCUCCAUCCCGCGCGGCAGCCACUGCCUGCUUUACCGCUACCCGCCGCCCGGGGGCGGCCUCGAGCCCAACGGGACCGGCCCUUGCACCCGCGGCUGGGAGUACGUUCUGCCUGAGGCCGGCCUCCUCUCCACCGUCGUGACGCAGUGGGACUUGGUCUGUGCCAACCACUGGCAGGUGCCCCUGGAGCAAACCACCCACCUCCUGGGGUGGUUGAUUGGUUACAUGGCUUUUGGAUCGGCCUGUGACAGGUUUGGCCGCCGGGCCACUUUCAUCUCCUCCUUGAUGCUGUCCAUUCCUCUGGGCAUUGCCGUGGCACUGGCUGUGAAUUACGUUAUGCUUGUAUUUACCCGGCUGCUCUUUGGGGCACUGCUGGCUGGCACCUUCCUCUCCCUCUAUGUUGCAAGGCUGGAGUUGUGUGACCCUCCGCACCGCCUGGCAGUCACCAUGGGCGCUGGUUUCUUCUGGGUGUCUGGGGAGCUGCUCUUGCCAGGGCUGGCGGUGGCUUGCAAGGAGUGGCGGCUCCUCCAGGGGACAAUAGUGCUGGGACUCACUCUGCUGGCUGCCUGCUGGUGGUGUCCUGCCCUCUCCCCUGAGUCGGGCCGCUGGCUCUUGGCCACUCAGCAGCUUGAGGAAGGCAAGCAGGUUCUGCGCGAUUUAGCCGAGGGCAAUGGAAUCCGCCUGGAGGAUGACUCCUACACUUGGGAGCACCUGUUUGCAGAGCUGGACAACCUGUCUGGAGGGGCCCCUCUGCCACAGUACUACAGCAUCUGCAAGAUCUUCCGCACCCGGGUCAUUUGGAAGAACAGCCUUAUCCUGGGUUUCACUGCGUUUAUUGGGAGUGGGAUCCGCCACAGCUUCACCCGCAACCUGACCUCUUACGCACCGGGCUUCUACUUCCCCUACUUCCUGCUGGUGGCGAGUGAGGCGGUUGCGCUCCUCUUCCUGUGCCUGACCGUGGACCACUUUGGACGCCGCGCCGCCCUCCUGCUCAGCACCAUCCUGACCGGCGUUUCUUCGCUGCUGCUACUGGCCUUGACUCAGUACCUGAUGUCCUGGCUCAUUGUGCUGCUCUCUGUCCUGGGGAUCCUCGCGUCACAAGCUGUUUCCGCCCUCAGCGUCCUGUUUGCCGGCGAGGUGCUUCCCACUGUGGUCAGGGGUUCUGGGCUGGGCCUCAUCCUGGCCGCUGGCUUGGUGGGCCAGGCCACCACUCCACUCAUGGAGAUCCACAACAGCCAUGGCUUCUUCCUCCACCAUGUGAUCUUCGCCUCCUUCGCCAUCCUGUCGGUGCUUAGCAUCAUGCUGCUCCCAGAGAGCACCAGCAGGCCCCUUCCGGACUCUCUGCAGGACGGGGAGAGUCAGCACCGGCCCCCGCUCUUCCGCUCCAGUCAGCGCCAGCGCCACAAGGACCAUCUGCCGCUGCUCUCCACCCGUUCCACAGCUGGACCCUACGACCCCGACAGCUACGCCCGCCUUGUCUCAGCCACCAAGAAGAUGCUGGGCUCCCACCAUGGAGCCAGCUCCGGGCAAACAAGACCGCUGCUCCCGGUGCGCUCCCGGAACAACAGCACUCUGGAAGGGAUGUAGAGGCCUGCUGGCCACUGGACU